AUGGCGACCAGGGCCAGUCUCAGCCCCAAGCCCAUGGGAGCCGCUCAGGGGGACCCUGGAGAGAGCGAGGUGCUGGCGGGCUCCGAGGCCGGCCCGCAGCUGAAGGCCAAGGCCCGCAAGGUGCGCAAGGUCAAGGCGCUCAUCGUGGAUCUGGGCUCCCAGUACUGCAAGUGCGGCUAUGGCGGUGAGCCGCGGCCCACCUACUUCAUCUCCACCACGGUGGGCCGCCGCUGCCCGGAGGCGGCGCACGCGGGCGACACGGGCCCGCAGACCUACGUGGGCCACCAGCUGCUGCACACCGAGGUGCCCGUGAAGCUGGUGAACCCGCUGAAGCAGGGCAUCGUGGUGGACUGGGACUGCGUGCAGAGCAUCUGGGAGUACAUCUUCCACACGGCCAUGAAGAUCGCCCCCGAGGAGCACGCCGUGCUGGUCUCCGACCCGCCCUUCAGCCCCACGAGCCACCGCGAGAAGUACGCGGAGCUCCUGUUCGAGACCUUCGGCAUCCCGGCCAUGCACAUCACGUCGCAGGCGCUGCUGUCCAUCUACUCCUACGGCAAGACCUCGGGGCUGGUGGUGGAGAGCGGCCACGGCGUCUCGCACGUGGUGCCCAUCUCCGAGGGCGACCUGCUGCCCGGCCUGAGCCAGCGCGCCGACUACGCGGGGGGCGAGCUCACCAACCACCUGAUGCGGCUGCUCAACGAGGCGGGCCACGCCUUCGGCGACGACCACCUGCACAUCAUGGAGCACAUCAAGAAGAAGUGCUGCUACGCCGCGCUCGUCCCCGAGCACGAGCUCCGCCUGCCGCUGGAGCAGCUGCGGGUGGACUACGAGCUCCCCGACGGCAAGCGCAUCACCAUCGGCCAGGAGCGCUUCCGCUGCGCCGAGAUGCUCUUCCAGCCCUCCCUGGUGGGCUGCAGCCAGCCGGGCCUCCCUGCGCUCACGGCCGCCUGCCUGGGCCGCUGCCAGGAGGCGGGUUUCAAGGAGGAGAUGGCCGCCAACGUGCUGCUCUGCGGCGGCUGCACCAUGCUGGACGGCUUCCCCGAGCGCUUCCAGAGGGAGCUGAGCCUCCUCUGCCCGGGGGACAGCCUCGCCGUAGCCGCGUCGCAGGAGAGGAAGACGUCAGUGUGGAUCGGCGGCUCCAUCCUGGCCUCCCUGCAGGCCUUCCAGCAGCUCUGGGUCAGCAAGGAAGAGUUCCAGGAGCGAGGCAGCACCGCCAUCUACAGCAAAUGCUGAGCAGCAGGACUUCUGCUCGGCAAGCCUCGAGGCACUAGAUACACAUUUACACAAUAUUCCAUAAAGGCUUUAACUUGC